UAGCCUUCUGUUGAGUCUUCAAGCCCAGGAGGUUCAGCAACAUCUGAUGACCAUGAAUUUGAUCCAUCAGCUGAUAUGCUGGUGCAUGACUUUGAUGAUGAACGGACAUUAGAAGAGGAGGAAAUGAUGGAAGGAGAAACAAACUUCAGUUCUGAAAUAGAGGAUCUUAACAGGGAAAGUGACAUGCCGAUCCAGGAGCUGCUUAGCCGCUAUGGCUAUGACGGUACCAUUCCACUCCAAGAAGAUGAUGAUGAUGAAGACGACGAAGAAGAGGAGGAGGACGGAGAAGACGAUGACGAUGUCGAUAAUGAUGACAACAGUGGCUGUAGUGGUGAAAACAAAGAGGAGACCAUAAAAGAUUCGUCUGGUCAGGAAGACGAGACACAGUCAUCUAAUGACGACCCAGCACCCUCUGUUGCUUCUCAAGAUCCGCAGGAGAUAAUUCGCCCUCGUCGAUGUAAAUAUUUUGAUACAAAUAGCGAAAUAGAAGAGGAGUCCGAAGAAGACGAAGAUUAUAUUCCCUCAGAAGACUGGAAAAAGGAAAUCAUGGUGGGCUCUAUGUUUCAAGCUGAAAUUCCAGCUGGCGUAUGCAAAUACAAAGAGAAUGAAAAAGUGUAUGAAAACGAUGACCAGCUGCUGUGGAAUCCUGACCUCUUACCAGAAGAUAAAGUGAUCGAGUUCCUAAAUGAAGCGUCCAGGCGUACAGGGGAUGAGAAAGGCCUGGAUGCAAUUCCCGAAGGAUCACAUAUUAAAGACAAUGAGCAGGCGUUGUAUGAACUGGUUAAGUGCAAUUUUGAUACUGAAGAAUCAUUACGAAGGCUGAGAUUUAAUGUAAAAGCAGCCAGAGAAGAAUUAUCUGUUUGGACAGAAGAAGAAUGUAGGAACUUUGAACAAGGGCUGAAAGUCUAUGGCAAGGAUUUUCACGUGAUUCAGGCAAAUAAGGUACGAACAAGAUCCGUUGGUGAGUGUGUAGCAUUUUAUUACAUGUGGAAGAAAUCAGAGCGUUACGAUUUCUUUGCGCAGCAGACCCGAUUUGGAAAGAAGAAAUACAAUCUUCAUCCUGGUGUAACGGAUUAUAUGGACCGUCUCCUGGAUGAGAGCGAAAGCGCAGCCUCCAGCAGAGCCCCGUCCCCUCCUCCCACAACUUCCAACAGCAGCACCAGCCAGUCGGAAAGGGAAGACAGCACAACCAGCAGCAGCAAUCAGAAUGGGGUGUCUGCCACCGGGCCGGGGGAGCCGCCGAGUAAAGACGAAGCAAAAUCGGAAGGACUGCAUGUAAACGGACCCAGCAGCGGCAAGAAAACGCCUCACGUGGAUCCAGAUACCAAUGGGUAUGAAACUGAAAACCUUGCUGUUGACCCAAAACUUGCUCAUUCAGCAUCAAGAAACGAAAAUGAUUUUGAAGAUAAAAAUGAAAGACCUCUAAAAAGAAGAAGAGUUAACAGCAGCGGCAAAGAGAGUCCGGGAUCUUCAGAGUUUUUCCAAGAAGCAAACUCGCAUGGGAAGCUUGAGGAGCUCGAAACCUUGGAUGACUGAAUUACUAGGAGCUGAUUUUAUUCCUCGGAGUAAAUUUUGGGUGUCUAAAAUUUUCAGGGUUGAUGGGUUACCUUACAAAAUCCCGUUCCGCAAAACAAUCUGCUGAGAUUUUUUUUCUAAUACCUUCUGGUUGGCUCUUAGGAUCUGAUCUUUUUUUGUUGUUUUUUUUUUUCAGUGCUGAAAAGCAGCAGGAGAAUAUUCCCUUUCUCAGAGCUGGCGACUCCAGUUCUGGGAACUCUUAAGGCUCUUAAAAACGUUUGAGAAACAAACCAGUGAGUUUCUGCAAAAAUACUCCCGGCCUAAUACGUUAAAGAAACUCCUGUGUGUAAUCCGGUAGUUAAGCAUCGUACAAGCGAACAAAGCAUCCUAGUUGAAGCAGGGGGCUGGUUCCGAUGUUGGAGGAAGCCGAAACGAGAUGCGGCACGCCGAGACGCGCGUCAGAGUAGGCACAGAGACUUCCACUCACGCUAGCGAGAGCAAAGCGUCACCCCGUUGUUAAGGAACCCUUAUGAAUCCUGAAAGUUAUGAGCACAACUAUUUUUAUAUAUAGAAGUUUUAAAAGGUAAAUAACUAAACCAGGUCAGGUUUGUCUAUGUAAAAUUGUUGACAUCAAUGAUGUCUUUCCAUAUUCUUUAUCUGGGCUAAAGAAAUACGUUCUGUAUUUUUCCAGAUUUCUUUGUAGCCUUUGAAAGAUUUUUACAGUACUUAACGUCUCGAUCGAACUGUCCUUUCUUAAAACAAAAGCUUGUAUAAUUUUCUUAACUUGUACAGUUGGUAAACUUUUAUGAGAGAAUUGAUACCCUGAGUCUAAUGUCAGCUUCAUUUUAUUUUGCUGAAGUCUUUUCUAA